UCGAUCCUUCCGUGCUUUGGCUUGCAGAAUUGCAUCUGAAACGAUGAAGUUGAACCAGAAAAUCGCAGAGUACCGUGAAAUCCAUCCGUUCUUUACGUUCGAGUUCUUUCCGCCAAAAACGGACCAGGGAUUCGAUAAUCUACUCUCUCGUAUCUCGCGACUGGUUUCUCUGAACCCUCUUGCGGUCAGUAUAACAUGGGGCGCUGGUGGCUCGACCAAGGACCGGAGUCUUGAGCUUGCAGGUCUGACCCAGUCCGAACAUGGGGUCGACACAAUUCUGCAUCUCACAUGCACGAAUAUGAAGCAAGGAAUGGUGGACGAGGCUUUGCGGGAUGCCAAGGCGCGGGGGAUUCAGAGCAUCCUCGCCCUGCGAGGAGAUCCUCCUCGUGGCGAAGAAUACUGGAUAUCGACCGAUCCUCGCUUCAACCAUGGUGCAGAUUUGGUCUCGUACAUUAAAUCUUCCCCUGAAUUUUCUUCCGACUUCUGUAUCGGCGUGGCAGUCUACCCGGAUGGCCACCCCGACAGAGGAACAGACGAAGAGGGCGAACUGGAGCAUCUCAAGCAGAAAGUCAACGCCGGCGCAGACUUCAUAAUUACUCAAUUGUUCUAUGAUGUGGAUGGAUUUUUGCAAUGGGUCAAGAAGGUCAGGCAGAAAGGUAUCCAGAUUCCCAUCAUUCCGGGCAUCAUGCCUAUACAAACGUAUGCAUCUUUUCUGCGUAUGACCAAGUUGUGCGGUACUCGUGUGCCGCCUAGUCUAAUGUCAGACAUUGUGCCACUGCGACAUGACGACCAGAAAGUUAAGGACUAUGGAGUAGGUUUGGCAAUCAAAAUGAUUCGCCAAUUGACUGCAGAUGGCGACAUCCGCGGCGUGCAUUUCUGCACGCUCAACCUGGAGAAGAGUGUCACCCGGGUCCUGGAAGGUCUUGGAUGGGCAGGUGGCAGCCCAAAACCGGCGAACAAGCUCAUCGCGGACGACGUUGCCGGUCCCGGAUCUGAGCUUGUCGUUACACCUCACAACGCGACAGAUACCGCUGCGAAGGAACUGGCAGUAUCAUCGCCAGGUCCCGACGGAGAAGCCGGAAAGGGAGAGCUGAACAAUGCUGCAAGUUGGGACGACUUCCCGAACGGUCGAUUUGGAGACUUCAAGAGUCCCGCUUACGGCGAGACCGAUCUAUGGGGUAGCUCGAUUAUGUCGCACAAGCAAGCCAUCAAACAAUGGGGAGAUCCUACCACUUUGGACGACUUAACGACCAUGUUCCUGAGGUACUUGCACUCCAAGAUCGCGACGACGCCUUUCUCUCCUAGUCCGCUUUCACCGGAGUCUCUCAUGAUCAUUCACCACCUGGAGCGGCUGACACGCAAAGGCUGGUGGACAGUCGGCUCGCAGCCCGCCAUCAACGGCGCGAGCUCGAGUGACGAGGUGGUCGGCUGGGGACCGCGCGGCGGGUAUGUCUACCAGAAGUGUUUUGUGGAGUUCUUCGUAGAAGGUGCCGACCUGGAGAAGAUUGAAAGGAAGGUCAAGGAACACGGACAUGGCUGGGUCGAUUACUAUGCGGGGAAUGUCCAGGGCGAGUGUCAUACCACUGUACCCGAGGGCGGGCGAAACGCUGUGACCUGGGGCGUCUUUCCCGGACAGGAGAUCGCGCAGACAACCAUCAUCGAAAAGGAGUCCUUCUUGGCCUGGAAGGACGAGGCGUUCUCAAUAUGGGCUGAAUGGGCAUCGUUCUACCCUCCGGACUCGCAUGAACGGACACAGCUUGAGAGUAUCCGGAAUGAGAGAUGGCUCGUGAGCAUCAUUCACCAUGACUACAUGGAUCCCAGUUCGCUUUGGAAUUUCCUGUUCAAGGACGACCCGCUGGUGUGAAAUGCAUGUAAAUAGUCCAUUUUCGCAUGAAGAAAAAGAUCUCUAAGAGCAUAGUAACAUCUGUACAGUAUUUGCAGCAUAGGGCGCAUCUCGCGCAUACAAUCACCAGCCCUUGUCAUUUUUGGACAGUGACUGACCAGCGCUCCAAGAAUUGGGCAUUGAAAGCUGCUGCUUCCCAAAGCGCAUACAAUCGCUCUUCUCUCCAUCCCUCCAUCCCCCAGCGCUGUACGAACUGUUGUCUUACGAUAGGGUUAUCUCCUAAAUCAUGGGCAUAGUCAUUGAGGAGCAUUGCGUAGUCCUCCGAGGUGUUUUCGACGGAGCAUAUGGAGAAUGGUGUUGGACUUGAGACAAGCAGUUGCAAGACUUGAGACAGAGAACUGAGGAGCGGGAAUGCAGGACGAGAUGGGAACUGCGAAGGAAGACCAUGACAUUGCACGUCCGGAGUCACUUGGCCGUGCAUGGAACGCCGAGAAAGG